ACUCAUCCAAGUUUAAUGCAUUAGAAAAAGUGCUGUUGAGUCGUGAGUUUGCAUCAACUAUAUUUAACAUUUUAAAAACUCGCCAUGGUUAAUAAUAAUAACUCUGUGAAUAAAAUAAACCCUGAUUUGGCCCGUGAAAGAUCAAAAUGUACUUUUAACGUUGAAGAAUUAACCACUUUUAUAGAUGGAUCUUCUGAAAACACUAAAACCCGUCGUGAAAGAGAAAAUUUCUUCUUGAAGUCUAUAACACAACCGAAAGUUCCAUUGGAAUAUCUAAGUCACCAGGAACGUUAUGAUGAAUUAAUGCGGAUGUCAGUUGAGUUGUAUACAAGUGCCAGAGAAUAUUCAAUGGAACAUGGGAAUCCUUAUGAAGUUUAUAGGCAUAUUCUAGGUGCGACUCUUGGACCUGCUUUAACUCCAGACGGUAAUCCAUUGACCUUGCACUUCAUCAUGUUCCUGGCUACUAUUAUGGGGCAGGGUAAUGAUGAACAAAACGUCGAAUGGACUACAAAAGCUGCAGGGAUACAGAUUAUAGGAACAUAUGCACAGACUGAAUUGGGUCAUGGUACAUUCAUCCGUGGUCUUGAAACAACCGCAACUUAUGAUGAAACCACCGAGGAGUUUGUUCUGAAUAGUCCUACUCUUACCUCGUAUAAAUGGUGGCCGGGUGGGUUAGGUCACGCUUCUAAUUAUGCAAUUGUCAUGGCUCAACUGUACACUAAAGGAAUAUGUCAUGGGAUACAUGCUUUCAUUGUGCAAUUGAGAGAUGAAGACACACAUGUUCCUCUAAAAGGCAUUAAAAUUGGUGAAAUUGGUGCUAAGCUAGCAAUGAAUGCUAAUAAUAAUGGUUACUUGGGUUUGGAGCAUGUGCGGAUUCCACGCAAACAAAUGUUGAUGAAACAUAGUCAGGUCUUAAAAGAUGGCACCUACCAAAAGGCACCUAAUAGUAAACUCACGUAUAGUACGAUGAUUUUAAUGAGGGUUGUUAUUGUUGAGAACGCAGCUGAUUACCUCAAGAGAGCCGUCGUCAUUGCUACGAGAUACAGUGCUGUUCGGAGACAGUCGAAAUUAAAGGAAACGGAACCGGAACUUCAGAUUCUAGACUUUGUAACGCAACAAUAUAGGAUAUUUCCUUUGAUUGCAACGGUUUUUGCUUUCCAUGCGACUGCCAAGUGGGUUUGGGAGUUGUUCACUAACAUUGAACGCGAAAUACUUGAAGGGGAAUUAACCAGGUUACCAGAGUUACACGCGAUUGCUUGUUGUUUGAAGGCGGUGAGUACAACAGAUUGUGCACAGGGUGUAGAAACUUGUAGGUUUACUUGUGGGGGACAUGGCUUUAUGAUGUCUUCGAGUCUACCCACAACUUAUGGCAUUGCAACAGCUGCGUGCACGUACGAGGGUGAAAAUACUGUUAUGUUAUUGCAAACGGCGAGAUAUUUAAUGAAGAGUUAUCAAGGGUUCCUGCAAGGGAAGAAGUUGACACCUACUUUGGUUUAUAUAGAAAAGUUCAAGGGACGUGCGACGCCAUCUUUUCAACCACGUGUAGAGUGGAUUAUUUCUGCAUUGGAGAAUGUAGCAGCACGACAAAUUGAAACAGCGCAUGGUAAUAUCAUGCACCGUACACAAAAUGGUGUUGAUUAUGAACACGCCUGGAAUCAAACAAGUAUAGAAUUGGUUUCUGCUGCGGAAAUGCACUGUUUAGUGAAUGUUGUAACAAUAUUUUACGAACAUGUUAAAUCUUCGAAAGAAAAUCUUUCUAAAGAGUUGGCUUUAGUUAUGGAACAGUUAUUGGAGUUGUACGCUGUUUCUACUGCGUUAAAGUACAGUGGGAAACUUUUACAGUUUACUAAUACUACUGGUCAUGAUGUAAGCGAAUUGCAAAGAUGGUUGGAGGACAUUUUGGCGGCCAUUAGGCCAAAUGCUGUUGGAAUUGUUGAUGGGUUUGAUCUUUCCGAUGAUAUUUUAAGGUCCACACUGGGGGCUUAUGAUGGGAAUGUCUACGAAAGACUUUAUGAAGAAGCGCAGAAAAGUCCAAUGAAUCAGGAUCAAGAAAACAAAACAUUUCAUAAAUAUUUGAAACCUUUUCUUAAAUCUAACAUGUAAAUAUUAGUUAUAAUAAAUUGGUGUAAGUAAAAUAAA